UUGUACGGACGUAUAUCGGUUUUGAAACAUAGAAUUUCGUUUUCCAUUUGGUUUUUAUAUGAUCUAAAAGAAAAAGCUGUGUCGGAUCUGGGAUGUGUGGUGUUUCAUGUUAGAUUUCAUUUUCUCAAUUGAAAUGAUUAGGGCAAUAAUGAUUUCCUUCUGAAGGUGUUUUUUUUUCUUUUCCUAAAAGAAAAGAAGAUCUUUUUUUUUGGUUUAUCUCUUUUUGUUUUUAAUAUUUUAAUAAAUUAAUGAUCCAAAUCUGUCAAUCAAACCAUGAAGAAGAAGCUCGAUACCCGUUUCCCAGCCUCUCGCAUUAAAAAGAUUAUGCAAGCUGAUGAAGAUGUUGGGAAAAUUGCAUUAGCAGUGCCUGUUUUAGUUUCUAAAGCCUUGGAAUUGUUUCUACAAGACCUUUGUGAUCGUACAUAUGAGAUUACCCUUCAGAGAGGUGCAAAGACCAUGAAUUCAUUACAUUUAAAGCAUUGUGUACAGAGCUAUAAUGUAUUUGAUUUUCUGAGGGACAUCGUUAGCCGGGUUUCUGAUUAUGGUCAUGGUCAUUCUGAUGCCGUUGCUGCCGAUGAUCGAAGUGUUUCAAGGAGAAGGAAAGCUGCUGGAGAUGAAGUCCAUGACAGUGAUGAAGAAUCAAAGAGGAGCAAAAUGACGUACUCUAUGCAGCAUGAUAUGGGUCAUGCAGGCACCAUUGGUAAAGGGAGAGGCAGGGGACGAGGUAGGGGACGUGGCAGAGGAGGCCGAAAUGCGGAAAGGGAAGCUCAUCGUGAAAUAGAACUGGAACCCCACUCAGUUCUUCAGCAAAACAACAAAAGUCAUUCAACCCCUGGAAUGGUUUUAGAUGAUGGUUCCGAGUCAAAGGAACUGAUCAAAGAGAACACAAUUGCUGAAGAUGCCAAUCAAGCCGUUCGGAAUUUUGAUCUGAAUUCUGAGAUAGAGGAGAACAUGGAUGGAAAGUAUGCAGCAGAUGCUGCUACCGCUACUGCAACUGCUGACCCAGCAACAGCAGCAGCAGAGGCUGCAGCUCAGCCUUCUUCAGCAGAUCCUAGAACUGAGACCAAACAUGAAGAAUACCCAGGCUGGUCUCUUUCAGACAUGGACAAGAUGGCCAUUGAUCCUCAUCAAAUUGCUCAGCUUGGCAAAAGGUUAGAUGAAGACGAAGAAGAUUAUGAUGAGGAAGGGUAGGGAAAAGCAGUUAUGUUGCAAGACUGGGAGGAAAAGUUAGUUUUUAAGAUCAGAUAAGAAAAGGUAAAACUUGAGAUAACUUCAUCAGAGUAUGGAAGCAUAUCCUAUGUAGGUCCUCUCUGUCUGUUUACUGUUCUCAUCGUUCAUAAUGUGUUAUACAUUUGCUAACGUAACUUUAAAACGGUAACUUCCGGGAACAUUCUCGUCACUAUUCCGGGAACAUUCUCGUCACUGAACGAGAGAACAUGGCUUUUUAGUGUGACAGAAUUGCCCUUAGGAAAUCUAUGUUUUAAUUAUCAUCAUUUGCUC